AUGGCGGUGUGCCGUGGGGCGGGUUCUACAGCAGAUCUUGGAGCAGCUGCCCAUGCCAAGGCAGAGGAUUUGAUGCGAAUGCAGCUUCGGGUGGUGGAUACAGCCCUCCAGGUCCCAGGCUUCACAAGUUCUGUGGGUGAAGACCCAUCUGCAGCCUCCUUGCUCCGGGGAGCACCAGCAUUUCCAGGAGACUCCUGGUCCAUCAGUCAAAGUGUUGGUGACAUCAAAUCUGCAAGGCCUCCUUUCUCAAGUUUCCAACGACUCAUGUGGGCUGAAUGUUACACUGCCGCCCUCUCAACAGAGGUCCACACUAUUUUCAUUGAACUGAAAUGUCCUGUACCCUGCAGUUCUCAGUCUGAUCACAUUGACCUGCCAGAAAGUAAAAGGCAUCAGUCCCAGAGAUACCAGUUGGGCAUCUUUGAUCGACAAGGCGUGUUCAUUAACAAACAGGUCAAGGAAGCAGCAACGCAUACAACAGUUUUGCCCUUUGUAUUAAUCGAGAUGAGAACAACACAUCAUCAGUAUCCCAGCAGGAGCUGUGGACUGGCUGCAGUGUGCACCUUCGCUAUUGGCUAUAUUUUAUGGGUGUGCUGGAUUCACCAUGUUACAGGAGUGUGGGUGUACCCGCUUCUUGAGCACCUCAGCCCAGGUGUCAAAAUAAUCUUUUUUGCAGCUGUUACUGUAGUAAUUAAUAUAUUCUACUUGCUGGGAGAGGUCCUGAACAACUACAUCUGGGAUACCCAAAGAUGUAUUGAAGAAGGAAAAGAAAAGCCAAAAUUGGACUGAACAAUAGAGGCAACAUGGAGGAUUGUUUGUGGCUCCAUGGAAGAUUUGUCAUCCGCAACAGAGAUUGGCAUGGAGAGGAAUCUUUUGACAGGAGGAAGUUUAAUGUGCCCUCUGCUCAGUGCAAGGAUAUUUUGGGGGUGUAUAUGGAGGGAAAAUGAUUUUAGCUAAGAAUAAUGUUUCAACCUCCUUUUCUGUUUAUCCAUGCUUGCAUGUGACAUGCCCAUAUAAGAUGUAUGUUUAUCUCCAUUCUCAACAUGCGUUUCUUGCAUCAAUUAAGUCAUUAAAUCAUCAAUUCAUUAAGUCUUUUCACUUCCACCAAGAGGAACAAUGAGUCCAUUCUCUGUAUUGUUUGAGAAAAGCUUAACCAGGUAGGGCUAAUUUGGGGGAAACAAAACAGUCCUAUAUAUUUUAAAGUACAAUGUAAAAAUGCAGUAGAAGUUAAUUGCAUGAAUGUAUCUGAAGAAGAAUACAAUCUGACUGAAAUGUUAAUGUAACACUAUGUAACAGCUGCCUUAAACCCGUGAUGUUAAUAAUUUU